AUGCCACGUAAGCUACGUAAGAAUAUACGUAAGAGGAAGAGAGCAUUGAAACAUCCAAUAGUAAAACUGACACCACAACAACAGUUGCAACAACAAAUGAUGAAUGACCCCACUAUGUUGCAACAAAUGUCAAGCAACCCUAUGCUUUUAAACCGAGUUAUUGGUGCACAGAGUGGAGGUUUAAGAGCGGCACUUUUAGCGAAAAUGGCAGGCUAUGGUGGAGCUGCAGACGGAACAGCUUAUAACCCUCAAAGUCAAAUGAAUUUGAGUUCACUCAAAAAUCAAAUAACAGAUGUCAAAAAGUCAAACAUAGACAUACAGAAACAAAUAAGUGAAAACGAAAAGAAACUAGAAUA